CGAAAAAAGGUCCCCGGCCGAGACCGAGAGCCGCGGUCCAGAGCGGGGGGCGGCCGGCAAGGACGAAACGGCCCAACGCCACCACCUCCACCACCUCGUCCUCGAUCGACACCUCCCCCGUCGCCGUCCCGUGACUCCCCGUCCAGCCGUCCAGGCCCAGCUGCCCCCGCGACCCAGACGACCACGUCCGCCUCGGCCUGCGCCUCCCCGCUACAAGAGUCCGUCCGCCCGCCAGCGCUGCGGUGCCAGCGAGCCCCUCCCUCCUCCACUCUCUGCGGCGCGGAGAUCCCGUCCUUUCUCUGUGCCCCCGGUACCGCGAGGAGCCACUGCCAGGCGCCGGCGUUUUUGGAACUGGGCAUGGAGGCGGCGGCGGCGUCGGCGGCGGCGGUCGGGGGUUCGGGCGCUGGACUGACCAGGUGGCAGGCGGCGGCGCUUGCGGCGCUGGCCGGCUGGGUGUGGGCGGCCUCCUUCUACGACCUCACGCGCCGGGCGCGCGCGCUCGUCCAGCCGUGGGUCACGCGCCGGGUGCACGCCGAGACGCCGGCCAUCCUCAGGUUCCAGAAGUUGGAGCACAAGUUGCUGGACAAUUUCUUCUCUGUGCUGUCAUGUGUUGUCUCCGUGCCCUUCUACACGGGAUUCCUCCCUCUCCUGUUCUGGAGUGGACACGGCAGGCUGGCUAGGCAGAUGACCCUCCUCAUGGCUUUCUGUGACUACCUCGGCAACUCUGUCAAGGAUAUGGUGUCAGCCCCUCGGCCAUGCUCUCCACCCAUUAGAAGAGUGACGGCUACAGAAGAUGAGAAGGAAAAUGCCAUGGAAUAUGGGCUACCGUCAUCGCAUGCUCUCAACACUGUUUGUUUGACGGGAUAUUUGUUACAUUAUGUCCUCACAUACGGAGAACAUGGCAGUCUUACAGUUGCUGCGGGUUUAUCUCUAGCUCUCUUACUUGUUAUGCUAGUUGGCAUUGCGAGGAUAUAUCUGGGUAUGCACAGCUUGACCGACGUUGUCGCUGGAAUUGGUUUCGGCAUCGUCAUCCUCGCAUUCUGGCUGGCUGUUCAUGACCAUGUCGACGCCUUUGUUGUCUCCGGGCAAAACGUUGCAACCUUCUGGGCAGGCCUUGCUCUACUGAUGUGCUUUGCGUAUCCCAAGCCAGAAUUCCCUACCCCGAGCUUUGAAUUCCACACAGCAUUCAACGGGGUCGCUUUCGGAAUCGUGUACGGCAUCCAGCAAACCUACUUCCACUUCCACGCCCCCGACGCGCCGAUCGUCUUCAGCGCCGAGCUGCCCUUCCUCGCGUUCGCGGGGCGCGUCCUCGUCGGGAUCCCGACCAUCCUGGCCGUGAAAUCGUGCAGCAAGGCGCUCUCCAGGUGGCUGCUGCCCGUGAUGUGCAGCACCCUGGGCAUCCCCAUCGUGUCGUCCUGCUACGUCCCCGCCCUGAAAAUCGACGGCGGCAGCAGCAAGAGCAGGCAGGCCGCCGGCGGGCACCUCCAGCGCCUUCUCUCUCACUUCCCCCAGAAGGCGUACGACGUGGACACCGGCAUCAGGUUCGUCCAGUACGCCAGCCUCGCGUGGUCCGUGGUUGACUUGGUGCCGGCCAUCUUCGCCCAUUUGGAUUUGUAGCCAGCUACUUAAAAUUUCAGUUUCGUUUUUUUUUCUGGAGGUCUCAAUAAGGCCCUCCUACUCGUAAGACAUGUGUCAUCUUAUGAGGCUGUAAAUCCGAUGAUCUGGCCCUUUCUUCUUUUUUUGUAUUGUAUUGUGUGUAUGAAUGGACGAAUGGUUCCCUAGCUGUUUUCAUCAGGGUGUUCAGUAAGUAGAAAUCAGUGGUACAUUUCUUAUUCUUUAAAUUAGAUAUGGUUAUUGUCUU